CUUCCCUUCAAGCCGUAAAACCUCCGUUACUCGAAAUUUUUACCCUAUAUAAGUCGAAAUAGUUAGUGAGUCCCUGCAAGCAAUUUCUGUACAUUUUUACCCUCCUUAACUCGAAUACAUACACUUGGACCUCUUUAUCUCGAAUUUAAAAUUAUUACCGUAUACUGAAAAUGAGUUUAUUGGAAGAUUGUUGGAAAGAAGCAACUGAAGGUUUUAAUGCAGCUGUAUGCGAUACCUGGUUAGCUCGCUUACAAGAAGCAUAUUCUGAUGAAAAAAGAACCUACCACAAUUUGGAUUCCUUACUGCAGAAGUUGGGUCAUUUUUUGGAAGUGAAAGAUCAUUUGAAAAAUCCUAAAGCUAUACUUUUGGCUGUGUUUUUCCAAAAUUUUGAAUAUGAUCCAAAAGCUCUUGAUGAAGAAAAUCGCAACACUGAACACUUUAUUGAAUUUGCAGAUGAAGCUGAAAUACCUCAAGAUGACGAAAUCCGAAAUGAAACGUGUGCAUUUCUUAAAGCAAUUGCAAUUCACAGUACUGAAGAACAUAAAAUAGGAGGUGCCUUCGGUAGCGAUGAUGCUCAUUAUUUAUUAGAUUUAGAUAUGGCGAUUUUAGGCUCAAGUCCUGGAGUUUAUUUGGAAUAUAGAGAAAAAAUACGUGGAGAAUAUUCUUUUCUCAGCGAGCCAAUGUAUACAGCAUUGAGAUUAAAGGUACUACAAAAUUUUUUACAAAUACCAAAUAUUUUUGCCACAAAGGAAUUCCGCUUGAAGUUCGAAGAGCAAGCAAGACAAAAUAUUCAAACUGAAGUGGAACUUUUAUCUUGAAGUUAAUAAUAUAGUACACAUAUACUGCUUUUAUAUAAGUAAUUGCGCAGGAUUUGUGAAUUCUAUUUAUUUUAUGAAAUAUUUACUUUUAUUUUAAAAUGUCUUUUACAUAUUUUACAAGUGUCUAAGAACUAUCAGUUUUUUUGUCUAUUCUUGAUCAUUCUUUUUAAAUGUUUAUUUUAAAAUUUACAAAAUAGUAAGAUGAAAAAUUUAUUGAUUAAGAAAGCAACGUUAUAGAAAGAAAAAAAAGGCCGGUAUAUAAAUUCAAAGUGUUUAAAACUAUUAAAAAAUUAAGUUUCUUUUGUUUAAAAGCACCAUUUACAUAUUACUGGGAUAAUUUGUAUUCAAAAGGAAUGUAUUCAAAUGUUCUUAAAAAAAAUUUUAUCUCUAAUUUCUUAGAGUAUUAAAAACUAUUCUCAAAGAUUUGCAGGCAAAUUAUAGAGAAGUAUUAUAAUUUUGUUUUUAUCUAUAAAAUUAUAAGAUUAUUUGACAUCAUAAACGUGUAUUUAGUAAUAAUAAAUAUUAGAGCAUAAUAAAGUAAUGGUUGUGAAGUUAUUUCCUUUAAAUGCAAAGGAUUUUAAUAUAAAAGUUGUUACAAAUAAUCCAACAAUGAAAAAUCUCAUUGAUUGUAUUCUGAGUGAAGUUGAUUGUUUGAAAAGAGUAAUUGUAAAAUAGUAAAGAUUGGAUUGAAAUAAAUUAUGUAUAUUAAAUGUUAA